UCCACCCAGCUCUUGGAAGCAGGCAGCAUUCCAGUGGGCUCCAGUCGGGAAAAAAGAUGGCAGAGUUAGAGGAGGAGGUGGGUGUGCUGGUUCAGAGAGUUGUGAAGGAUAUUAACAGCGCAUUCAAGAAAAACCCUAACAUUGAUGAAAUUGGAUUGAUUCCAUGUCCAGAAGCUAGAUACAAUCGCAGUCCCAUAGUUCUUGUGGAGAAUAAACUUGGAGUGGAAAGCUGGUGCAUCAAAUUUCUGUUGCCAUAUGUUCAUAAUAAACUUCUCCUCUUCCGGCAGAGAAAACAGUGGUUUGAUCGAGAUGCUUUGAUAGAUAUCACGUGCACGCUGCUCCUGCUGAAUCCUGACUUCACUACUGCAUGGAAUGUCAGGAAAGAGCUGAUUCAGUUUGGGGCAUUAAGUCCAGAGAAAGAUUUGUAUCUGGGGAAACUUGCAUUAACCAAAUUUCCGAAGAGUCCUGAAACUUGGAUUCACAGGCGAUGGGUUUUAAAAAGACUGCUUCAAGAGCACUGCCCUCAUAGUUCACUUGCAAAAGAUCAAAACAGAGAUGUGACAACAGCACAGUCUGCAAAAUAUCAGGAAAUUUUGCACGAUGAGCUGAAAGUGUGUACUGAUGCUGCAGGAAGGUACCCAAGUAAUUACAAUGCUUGGUCGCAUCGCAUCUGGGUUUUGCAGAAUAUGGCUGAAGAAGACAGCAAGAUAAUUUAUGAUGAGUUGUGCUCUUCUAAAUACUGGGUUUCCAUGCACAUAUCAGAUCACAGCGGCUUCCAUUAUCGACAGUUUCUUCUCAAGUCAUUGAUCAGAAGAUCCAAUUUUAUAUUGGACAAAACUGUUUCUGCACCUUCGUUACCAACUGAUCACUGUGCAAGUCUUCCAAAGGAGGAAUCAAGUUCUGAAAUUCAGACAUGGUCACUUCAGGGCCUCUUUGAUGAAGAGUUGGACCUUUGUAAUGAUCUUAUUGAGUCUUACCCAGGUCAUGAGGCACUUUGGUGUCAUAGACGUCUGGUUUUCUUCCUUUGGCAUCAUUGGAGCAGCGACCACCAUUCUUGUGACCACCAUUCUUGUGGCACCCCAGGGAAAACAUCAUUGAAUGGCACAGAUGGAUCACUUGGGUUAUCGCACACAACAACAAUGGUUAACAAGGCUUCACAGGUCAUGGAUGUGGAUUGCUUAAUAGACCCCAGCCUGCAAAGCUAUUCACAGGAGACUAAACGGCUUAAACGGGGUCCUCAACCGGACUCUCAUAAGCUCUUAGCAGAGCACAGGUUUGUUUCUAAAAUCUUGUCAGACUGUGGGAAUAUGGACCAAAUUCGUUUUGCUACUUCAUACAAAAAAUGGCUGGACUCUGUUAUAGGUCAGCUUUAGGGGAUAUUGUUGGCAAAGUGUUAACUGUAACACUCAGAAACCCUUCGGAGGAACGUUUUCUUCUGUUUCUUUCAGCCAUGUGUUUUCUUCAUUCUCUAUAGAAUUCUGCAUUGCUCCAGGUGUUCCAACUUUUCAUGGAAAUAUUAGCAAUCAUCCACAUAACUGUCUGUAGCUCUUAAAAUGUAAGCAGCAAUUUUACAGUUUUCCUGUGUUAGGUAAGGUUCUUUGUUUACUAUUAUUUUCCAGUUAUUUAUUUUCCCCCAAUUAUUUCACAAAAAAACAUAUUUUUAAGUGUUUAUUGUGUUUAAGCUAUAGGUUUCUUUAUUAGACAAUGUUGGAAAAAAUAAAUAAAUCUUUCAUUUUGAGAAAUCAAAACACUUCCUGUAUAACUAGCAGCCACUGGAAAAAUGUAAAGUUCUGCUAUCCUGGUCUGCUGGAGGCUAAGGGUUAAGUAUUGCUGAACAUUGCUCAGGUCAUUAGGCACUUUUGGUACCAUAGGUAUGCUGUAAGAAGGAGUCUGCAGUGCAUUUAUGUUUUAAAUUUGUUGAAGCACUUAAAGAUUAGCUAGCCAUAACAAGUACUGUACCUUGUUAAACAUGGAGCUUUGUAGUACUUUAAAAUAACAUUUAAACAAAGUCCCAUUAUGAGUCAAAUGAGUAGUGAUAAUCUUUUUGUGUAAUACACAUGAGAGGACUUUUAAGCAUUUUAACUGUCCAGGAGUUAAGUUUCACUUUUGCUGCUAUGCUCAUUUAGUGUUUCCUUAGAUGUUUUCUAGCUAGUUAGGUCGGUCCCCUACCUUUUUGAAAUUGGAGUUUAUAAAAUAUAUGGAACAAUAUCCAUCCAAGUCAACAUUUUAACAUUUGUAGCUGUUAAGAAAUCUGUUUCACAGUACCAUGUAAUACUGAAUUGUUGUUCUGUCACAUGAGUACUGUAUUUUUAAUAGAUCUGUUUUGUUCAGUUGUAAUAAAGAUUCAUAUAUUUGUUAGGUCAUGUUUUACAUAAUAACCUUACUAAUGCCUCUCUGGCUCUGGAACAGAGCUAAUUUAUAAUUUCUGAGGCAUCAUGCAGAUUUUACUGCAAAAAAUAUAUAUUUAAAAAAGAUACAGUUCUUUGCAGAGAUUAGGCUCCUAAGGCAGGGCUUUUGUGAUUGUAUUCAAUGUAGCAGUGCUGGUUUGUUUUUUUGUUUUGUAACAUAUAUAUGUCAUAUUUGUAAGACAAAAGGAUGCACACACAAAAACCUAUCCUCAGCCAAGUACUUCAUCUGAGUGAUACUCUUUUUCCAGGAAAAAUAUUUAGGCCAUUUAUCCAAAUGUUAAAACGGUCAUACAUUAAAGGACUACAGUAGGCCAGUUUCCUCCACAUGAUACAUUAGAAUUUCUACUAAAAUGAUGGAUUAUGCUGGACCUCAGCGUUCUCGAGAUUUCUGUGAGAAUCUUCCUCCUUCAGUCUGUUUCAGGUCGUGGGUUCUGUAACUUUGCAGUUUCCUUUCAGUGUUUGACCCUUAAGAAGGAGUCUGGAGCACAAAAACAAAUGGUUAUCAACCCAAACAGCAAGGAGUAUCAUCUCUGUGUCACUCUCAUGGUUGCUUUCUUAUCUUUCUCUGUUUUUGUAUGAUCAUUUUCAUAUUUUAUUUAAACUUCCAGUUUAUUGGAGACAGAGUUUCUACUUGAUCUGUUGGAGGUCUUUAGUGGUAAUUACAUUUUCAUCUAUACAGAAGAGAAAUUCCAGCAUAAUUAGCAGUGAAGAUCUCUGGCCUUUCUAUUUUCUCCUUUAAAAACGCUAUGCUUAUAGUGAAUUUCAAAUACAGUUAAAAGUACAUAUAUCCACAUUUAUUUAUUGUUACUGCAUUUAAAUCUGAUACAUUUGUACAUGUGGAAAAUUUACUUUUUAGUUUACUUUUCAGUACCUGCAUUUGUUCCAGUAUGGCAUUAAUUUUCAUUUCUAUUGUUAUAUGCUACCAUCUUUUUCCAGUUUUUAUUACUUUUUUUUGUAUCU